AUGGAGAGACUGGCGUUUUCAUUUUUCGUAAUGCUUGCUUUUUCUCUCACCACUUCAUUUGGUAUUAGAGUUGGAGGUCCUGAUGGGUUCUUUGUCGACGCCCCAGCUCGGAGUAGCGAUUUGUAUGGGGGAUUCAACCGGCGAAUCGUUGAACAUCUAGACCCAGUACAUGCCGGGAGUUUCAAGCCAGUUGAGAGAUUGGCAUUCGAAGAAUCGAACUUGAUGGGAACUCCAAAGUCAUUGCUACCCAUGGAUUUCGAGUCAAUCGAGCGAUUAGUUCCUCGAGGUCCAGAUCCGAUCGAACCUCCAGAGUCGGCACCUGCCAACCAGGAUGUCGAGUCAAUCGAGCGAUUAGUUCCUCGAGGUCCAGAUCCGAUCGAACCUCCAGAGUCGGCACCUGCCAACCAGGAUAGCAAGUCAAUCGAGCGAUUGGUUCCUCGAGGUCCAGAUCCGAUCGAACCUCCAGAGUCGGCACCUGUCAACCGGGAUGUCGAGUCAAUCGAGCGAUUGGUUCCUCGAGGUCCAGAUCCGAUCGAACCUCCAGAGUCGGCACCUGUCAACCAAGAUAGCAAGUCAAUCGAGCGAUUGGUUCCUCGAGGUCCAGAUCCGAUCGAACCUCCAGAGUCGGCACCUGCCAACCAGGAUAGCAAGUCAAUCGAGCGAUUGGUUCCUCGAGGUCCAGAUCCGAUCGAACCUCCAGAGUCAGCACCUGCCAACCGAGAUGUCGAGUCAAUCGAGCGAUUGGUUCCUCAAGGUCCAGAUCCGAUCGAACCUCCAGAGUCGGCACCUACCAACCAGGAUAGUAAGUCAAUCGAGCGAUUGGUUCCUCAAGGUCCAGAUCCGAUCGAACCUCCAGAGUCGGCACCUGCCAACCAGGAUAGUAAGUCAAUCGAGCGAUUGGUUCCUCGAGGUCCAGAUCCGAUCGAACCUCCAGAGUCGGCACCUGCCAACCAGGAUAGCAAGUCAAUCGAGCGAUUGGUUCCUCAAGGUCCAGAUCCGAUCGAACCUCCAGAGUCGGCACCUGCCAACCAGGAUAGUAAGUCAAUCGAGCGAUUGGUUCCUCAAGGUCCAGAUCCGAUCGAACCUCCAGAGUCGGCACCUGCCAACCAGGAUAGUAAGUCAAUCGAGCGAUUGGUUCCUCAAGGUCCAGAUCCGAUCGAACCUCCAGAGUCGGCACCUGCCAACCAGGAUAGUAAGUCAAUCGAGCGAUUGGUUCCUCAAGGUCCAGAUCCGAUCGAACCUCCAGAGUCGGCACCUGCCAACCAGGAUAGUAAGUCAAUCGAGCGAUUGGUUCCUCAAGGUCCAGAUCCGAUCGAACCUCCAGAGUCGGCACCUGCCAACCAGGAUAGUAAGUCAAUCGAGCGAUUGGUUCCUCAAGGUCCAGAUCCGAUCGAACCUCCAGAGUCAGCACCUGCCAACCAGGAUAGCAAGUCAAUUGAGCGAUUGGUUCCUCGAGGUCCAGAUCCGAUCGAACCUCCAGAGUCGGCACCUGUCAACCGGGAUGUCGAGUCAAUCGAGCGAUUGGUUCCUCGAGGUCCAGAUCCGAUCGAACCUCCAGAGUCGGCACCUGUCAACCAAGAUAGCAAGUCAAUCGAGCGAUUGGUUCCUCGAGGUCCAGAUCCGAUCGAACCUCCAGAGUCGGCACCUGUCAACCAAGAUUUCGAGUCAAUAUAG